AUGAGCAAAACUUCAAAGAUUGCCGCUAUCCGGGACGGUAUCGGGCGGGAAGUGUUGCCGGAAGGCAUACGGGUAUUGCAGGCGGCGGCGGCGCGCUGGGAUCUGUCGCUGGAAUUCAACACCUUCGAGUGGGCCAGCUGCGACUACUACCAGCACCACGGCCAGAUGAUGCCUGACGAUUGGUUUGAGCAGCUCAGCUUCGACGCCAUCUAUUUCGGCGCCGUCGGCUGGCCGGAUACGGUGCCCGAUCACAUUUCGCUGUGGGGUUCGCUGCAAUUCCGCCGCGACUUCGAGCAGUACGUCAACCUGCGCCCGGUGCGGCUGUUUCGCGUGCCCUGCCCGCUGGCGAACAAGCAGCGCGACAUCGAUUUCUACGUGGUGCGCGAAAAUACCGAAGGGGAAUACUCUUCGCUCGGCGGGCGGAUGUUCGAAGGCACCGAACGCGAGAUGGUGAUCCAGGAAUCGGUCUUCACCCGUCAGGGCGUGGACCGCAUUCUGAAAUACGCCUUCGAGCUGGCGCAGCAGCGCCGCAAACGCCUGACCGCCGCCACCAAGUCCAACGGCAUGGCCAUCAGCAUGCCGUACUGGGAUGAGCGCGUGGCGGAGAUGGCGCGCCAGUACCCUGAUAUCGGCUGGGACAAACCAGCACAUCGAUAUCUGUGCGCGCGCUUCGUGCACCCCGAACGCUUCGAUGUGGUGGUGGCCUCCAACCUGUUCGGCGAUAUUUUGUCGGAUCUCGGCCCGGCCUGCACCGGCACCAUCGGCAUUGCGCCGUCGGCCAACCUGAACCCGGAGCGCAACUUCCCGUCGCUGUUCGAACCGGUACGCUCGGCGCCGGACUUUUCGGCAAGAAUAUCCAACCCGAUCGCCAUGAUCUGGAGCGGCGCGAGUGCUGGAUUCCUCGGCGACGGCGAUGCCCGUUACCGCCAGGCGCACGACGGCAUCCUGCAGGCGAUCGAGCGCAUCAUCGCCGACGGGCCGCGUACGCCGGACAUGCGCGGCGAUGCCUCCACCCAGCAAGUUGGCCAGGCGAUCGCCGCCCUGCUGCAACGCUAA